CCCAAAUUUCAAAUAUAUAAAGAAAAAUUAAAAAUCAAGGGCAAAAGUGGAAAAGCGGGAACACAAAACCCUAAUCUGAUGGACUCUUAAGGAGCCGUUCUUCUGGUCUCUCGUUCGUUCGGCAGCGGAACAAGAUAGCCAUAGCCCGAGGCAGAGCUGCUUCGUCGUUCCUCGUCGUUGCAGCUUCUUCGUUCUUCAUCGUCGCAGCUUCUUCGUCGCUCAUCGCAGGCUUAGCAUUCUCACUCUCGCAGCCGGUGCACUCUCUAACUCUUUCGCAGAAAUGGCAGCUGUGGCGGUUGGUACUGCGCUUGAUCCGAAUGAGUCUCAAGUGAAGCUCUUCAACCGAUGGUCUUUCGACGAUGUUCAGGUCAGUGACCUUUCGUUGGUUGACUACAUUGCGGUGGUUCCAGCCAAACAUGCUACAUAUGUCCCUCACACAGCUGGAAGGUACUCGGUAAAGCGGUUCAGGAAAGCGCAAUGCCCAAUAGUGGAGAGACUAACGAACUCUCUGAUGAUGCAUGGACGAAACAAUGGGAAAAAGCUGAUGGCUGUUCGGAUUGUUAAACAUGCUAUGGAAAUUAUCCAUCUGUUGACUGAACAGAAUCCUAUCCAAACUAUUGUUGAUGCUGUGGUCAACAGUGGACCAAGGGAGGAUGCUACUCGAAUUGGCUCUGCGGGUGUUGUUAGGCGUCAAGCUGUUGAUAUCUCUCCUCUGCGGCGUGUUAAUCAGGCAAUUUAUCUACUGACUACUGGUGCUCGGGAGUCUGCUUUCAGGAACAUAAAAACCAUAGCUGAAUGUUUGGCUGAUGAACUCAUUAAUGCUGCCAAGGGAUCAUCAAACAGCUAUGCAAUCAAGAAGAAGGACGAGAUUGAACGAGUUGCCAAGGCCAACCGUUGAGAUUGUGAUGGAUCUAUGCAUGCUAGAUGGAUCACUGGACGUCUUAAUAUUAGUUUGUUCUCCAUUAAUUUUCUAGUUAUUUGAUUGUCAAAGACCUAUGCUUGGCAACAAUUCCAGAGCUCCAUUUGGGCUAUUUUUGUUGUGUUAAGAAGAAAGGUUGAUCUCAUUUUUUUGAGUUCCGGAUUUUUUGAUCAAUAUGAGAUUUAAGAACCCUCUUUGGCCUUUAAA